AUGUCUAUCGACAAUAUCAAUCAAGAAGGCUUCCAGCGCCGCCUUGAUGUCAUUGCAUCUAUUUUGAACUCUUACCAACUUGAAGUCCGCCAGGCUACAGCGGUGACGCCCGUCGAGUAUGAAGAAGACUGCCCCUUUCCAUACAACAAUUUCAUAUACAAGAUAGAGCUAUCUUCUCCUCUGGGUCCAAGUACGUUCAGUGCUGGAACUCCGCGCCCGGGUACAUCAGCGCCCUCCAAGCCGAAUGUCUCGGCCAUUAUCAUUCGUUUGAGCAAUCCUCGUGCCAAUGGCUUGAACAAUGCCCACCGCGUAGAGAAUGAAGUCGCUGCGCAAGCCCUCUUUCGACAGCAUCUCAUUUCCAAUCGUCCCACGUUGACCCAUAUCAUACCUGAGCUUUAUGCGUGGGAGCCAUGCCGACAACCAGAGGUAUCUGGUGAGGCCGGAUUUGGAUGGACAAUAUGCGAGUUCAUGCCAGGUGCAAACCUCGCCGAACAAUUCGAGGGUAUGCAACUGUCACAGAAGCUCGAUGUGAUUGAACAAGUCGCCGAUGUCCUUGCCGCCGUCCAGCAGACUUUGCUUCCCUCCCAGCUCAAAGGGCAUUUCGGUGGGUUGACCUUUGAUGGCCAAGGUCAGAUCAUUGGUGGGCAAAUGUCCAUCUUGCCCGGCGGGCCAUGGACCAAGUAUACGGAUCUAUGGGUAUCCCGGUUUCGCCAGCAGUUGCACGAUGCCGACAAGAGCUCCGUGCUGAAGGGCUGGGAGAAGAGCGGUCUUCGUGCCCGCAUUGACCGACUAGUUGAUGCUAAAGAAGUGGCCAAGUUACUUGAUGGUGUGGACACUACCCAAAAGACGUUGAUACAUGGUGAUUUCACUUUGCACAACUUCCUUUACGACCAGACCACCAGCCGCAUAACAGCAUUGCUGGACUUUGAUUUCUCAUGGGUUUCGCAUCCUUCGCACGAAUUCUUCACGGGGCUGUGGAGUAUUGGUGGUGGUCUACGAUCAGACAACGACAAGAUCAUUACUGCAGUUUUGACUGGUAAAUUCGACGAGAUCGAUGAUUCUCUUUCCGGCAAGGACAAGGAUAAGUGGCAAGUGGCUCAAUCCUGGAACGCGGCACUGGUAGAGAGAGGUGCCAUUCGGCCAGCUUCCAUCGCCGGCAUUGACAGGUUGAGACAGCUGAUGGAGCUGGAAGACGCACUCUGUCCUUCCAGGCUUGGUAACGAGCGCGCAAUAGAGAGACUCCAGCGCCAGGACAAGCUUGCGCAAGCGUUCAACGCUGCCACCGACAAGUUGACGGCACUUCUCAAUGAUCUCGAUUCUUGA